AUGAGUUCUAGUGAAGAUGAAGACGACAAAUUCCUGUACGGGUCCGACUCUGAGUUAGCAUUGCCUUCGUCCAAAAGAUCUAGAGAGAAUGAACAAGAACAAGAUGCCUCUAAUGAUCCGGGUACAGCCAAGAGACAAAAACAGGAUUCUUUUGAGGAAACCGUUCCAACCAUAGCCAAAUAUGAUCAUUCCGAUGAAGAUAUAUACUCUGAUUCCUCAAAUAACGAGAGCAACUCUGACGUAGAGGUUAUCAUAAGCACAGGCCCUGAUCCUACUCGGCUAGACGCCAAAUUGUUGGGCUCCUAUCAAAACGUAACAACAUCUGGAAGCAAAGACGUAAUCAGCGUAGCUACCGACGUCCCUGUGACCAUAAAUAAAACAUCAGAUGAAAGACCCGCCGCAACAGAGGGCGAAACAGAUCAAGGCGUAAUGACGUCAGAGUCGAAAGCCGUUACUACAGAGGGUGAAGGAAAUGUACCGAAGACAAUGGUUGGAUCUAUUGAUCUAGACAAAGAAGGCAUUUUCGAAAGCGUCGGUAUAACAACUAUAGACCCUGAAGUACUAAAGGAAAAGCCUUGGAGACAACCAGGAGCUAAUUUAAGUGAUUAUUUCAACUACGGGUUUAAUGAGUUUACCUGGAUGGAGUAUUUGCAUAGACAGGAAAAAUUACAACAAGAUUACAACCCUAGAAGGAUCCUAAUGGGUUUACUAACUCUACAACAACAAGGCAAGCUAAACUCUUCUAACGACACAGACUUGAAUCUCGGCAAUAUGAUUGACAACAACAACAACAACAACAUCAACAAUUCGAAUAUGUCCAAUCUAAAUAAUAAUAUGGGUAAUAGCAUGUCUGGAACACCAAACCCUCCCGCACCACCGAUGCAUCCAAGUUUCCCACCAUUACCCAUGUUUGGUAGUUUCCCACCAUUCCCUAUGCCAGGUAUGAUGCCACCCAUGAACCAACAGCAAAACCAAAACCAAAAUUCGAAAUAA